UUUAAAUCAAGCAGCAGAAACAACCGUAGCAAAAAGAUGUCAGUGGUAUUUCUUCUUAUUUACUUUAUUUUCCACGGUCACUUUUUGUUUGUGGAGGUAAAUGGUAAUGAGGAAGACAUUGCGAUCUUUUUCACUGACGCACUGCAGUGUGUUCAGAGAAUUGUGAGGGAAACUGACAGUUUGGGACAUGACAGUGUAAUUUUGGACAGAUUGAUUUCUGAGCUUGAUGGUUAUGCUCGGACAAUCUCUUUAUUGCUCUCGAUUAACCAGCAGCAUGAGGGUGACAAUCAGGGGAGCUUUGGUGACCUGGAGGCGCUCCAUGUAUGUUUUCAAUAUGUCAUAAAUUCCUAUCAAAACCAAAGGUCAGUGGGAAGGAACAUGUUGACCUUAGGAGUACCUACUAUCAGAACUGGUCAUCCUGGUCGCCCUCCAUACAAUAUACUCCAUCAACAAAUCGCCUACUGUUUGUCAUUUGGCAUGAAUUGGGAACGAAUAGCUGUAUGCUUUGGAAUCAGCAGGAGGACACUGUAUCGUUACAGACAGCAGCUACAAAUUGGUACCCUCAGCUAUACAGCAAUGUCUGAUGAGGCCUUGUGUAACGUCAUCAGAGAGAUCCUUCAAACCACUCCAGGUUCAGGGGAAAGGUAUGUCCGUUCGAGCCUUCAAACACGCAACCUUAGAAUACAGCGGUGGCGUGUGCGACGCUGCCUGCAACAUCUUGACCCAAUUGGUCGGGCCUUCCGUAGACGUCGAGUAAUUCACAGAAGAAUUUAUUCGGUUCAAAAUCCCAAUCAAUUAUGGCAUAUAGACGGAAACCACAAACUGGUCAGGUGGAGAAUGGUCUUUCAUGGAUGUGUUGACGGCUUUAGUAGGACCAUCAUAUACUUGCAGUGCCUAAAUAACAAUAGAGCAUCAAGUGUACUGGAACUUUUUCGGCAAGGUGUAGAGAAUUUUGGCCUUCCCUUGAGAGUACGCUGUGAUCAUGGCAUGGAGAACACCGGCGUUGCCCGUUAUAUGCUGGAAAGAAGAGGGUUAAAUAGUGUCAUCACUGGACGCAGUGUUCACAACCAGAGGAUUGAGCGGUUGUGGGCAGAGUCAAACAGUUGUCUCCUUCUACUACAGUGAUCUCUUCUCCUUCAUGGAAAAUGAGGGCAUACUGAAUUCUACAAAUGAACUGCACUUAUUUUGUCUACACUACAUCUAUUUGCCAAGAGUUCAAAGGUCAACUGCAGAAUUCAGAAACCAGUGGAACAACCAUGGAUUAUCUACACAGGGAUACCAAACGCCUCUUCAACUGUGGCUGAGAGGUGUUCUUAACAGUGGAGAGGCAAUGCAGAACAUUUUAGUUGGGAGUGACAACACUGAAAUGAAUGAAGACCCCCCAGUACAUUUUGAGACUUCAAACAAUGUUGUUGUUCCAGUAAAUGAUUUUAUGUUCAAUGAAACAGUUGUAAACAGGAUUAUACAAAAUGUAGACCCACUAACCGAUGACGGCAACCAUGGCAUUCAAUUAUUUUUGAGUCUGGUGAACUCUCUUAACGAGUAGGAGUGUCAAGGAAAUUGGGACACUAUUGGGGGGGGGUUAAAGGAUAAAUCCGGUUUAAAAUGGAUCUGGGAUAUGUUAAAUAUGAUAACGAGAUGGGAUGUUCGUUUGGGAGCACAAAAGCGCAUGUAGACGCAUUCUUAAAAAUUGUCUGUUUUAGCCGAUUCUACCAAAACGCUAUAAACUCGUAACCAUGGGGUCAUCAUCUCAUGGUAAAAACGAA